AUGGACAGCACAUUCGACUACAACCAAAUAGAUGUGGACGAUUUUGACGACUUUUACAAUUUCUGUACUCUGAAGGAGAAGGAGAAAAAAAAAAAUGGGAAAAAUAUUGGGGAGCAGUUUUUCCAAACGGAUGUGAAAAAUGGAGAAAACAGGGCAGGCGACGAAGACGGGGAAGAAAGCACGGAUAAUUCCUCCGUAGACACCACGAGCAUGUACAAAGAAGGAAAUGAGAAAAAUAGGUCGACUGGAAAAAAUAGCAAACCAGUACUACGGGCUUGCAACACUUCGCAUGAGAAGAGGCUGGAUGAGGUGCAAACAGAGGAAGAAAACCGCUUCAUGGAGAGGAGAGUUCUUGACUUGGAACACAGAUACGCAUAUGUAGAUGAUGGUUAUUACGAUACCGGUGGUAAGAUCGAAAUGGAAGAUGAAAGUUUGGCAGAGGAGAGUAUUGCUAAUUACAACAAGGAUGACCAGUGGAAUAACAUGGAAUACAAAAAAAAGAAAAAAAAAAACGAACAGAGGGAUGGAAAGAACAUGGGCUUCAAUAAUCCGCACAGUAGCAAUAACUGCAAUGUGCACUCCCUCCAGGAGAGAAGCAGCUAUGGGGAUCACACUUCCAACAGGUACGUUAGCAUAUCGAAAGAGGACUACGAGCGGGAUAAAAAAAAAAUGUACGAAGAUUACAAUGGAAGGAGAAAGUACCCAAGAGAUUACAGCCAAUACUCGAACAGUAACUGUGACAGUUACAGCUAUAGUGUUGAUAUGACAUGCGUCAGUAAGGGAAAUAAAGAAGAGCCAAAAUAUUUCAGAUGUCGUUACUGUGAAAUGGAUUCUGUGGAUAGUGUGGUUCAGUGCAACACGUGCGGUCGAUGGUUCUGCAAUGGGUCCUACGGUACAUGUGGUAGCCACAUUGUUACGCAUCUGGUGAGGUCCAAACACAAGGAAAUUAAACUACACAAGAAGAGCCUCCUCGGGGAGACCAUCUUGGAGUGCUAUAACUGUGGGUGCAAAAAUGUGUUUCUGCUGGGGUUCUUACCCACGCCGGAGGAGGGAGUUGUCGUCAUUAUAUGCAGGGACCCUUGCUUAGCCAGGUGCAUUUCACUGAGCGGGAAGGGCCAGGCGAAGGGCGAAAUGGAACAAGAGGAGUUGAAGCAAAUAGAUGAAAAGGGGAACCCCACUGAAGUGAAGAACACCCCAGAGGGAGAGCCUAAGAAGGGGAAAAAAAAAACUGUACCUUAUGAAGAUUUCCACGCGGAAGAGGAGCUAAUUGGCACGGACGAAGAUGACGUUGUGAGCACGAAGGAAGACAUGGACAUGGUGAAGAGUAAGGGCUACCUAAGCAGCGAUGAUUUGGGCACUAUGAGUGAGCAGGAAAAGGGGAGCGACGGGGGAGGAAGUUCCCUUGGGGUGCUUACAGGGAAGGAGAAGAAUCAAAGGGGGGAAGAGAGAAAAACGGAGAAGGAUGUUAACCAGAAAGAGAACGAAUCCGAUGCCGGAAGCAGUUAUAGCACAAAUGUAGGAAACAAUGUAAAGGAGCUUGUAAAGAUGAAGGACUGGGAUUUAAACAAAUGGCAACCAGUGAUUGAAGACAGGUGUCUACUAGAAUGGCUAGUAAAUAUCCCCACGGCGGAAGAAGCAGAAAGAAAGGGAAAGAGAACCACAUCCUAUAAUGUGAACAAGCUAGAAGAGCUAUGGAAAAAUAAAAAAGACGUAUAUAUAGACGAGCUAGAUGCAGAGAUACUGAAUGAUGAACCCGUUAAGGUAGAGCUAAGGUAUAAAGACGCUUACCAUUAUCAGUCCAUCUUUGCACCGUUGAUCCAGUUAGAGGCGGACUACGAUAAAUCCAUAAAGGAGGGUCAGAAACAAGCAAAUGUAACAGUCCGUUGGGAUAUAGGAUUGAAUAAAAAAAGGUAUGCCCACUUUAUUUACGUGAAGGAAGAAAGUGAACUAAGGUUAGUAGCAGGAGAUGAGUUAAAAUUGUCGUAUACAUAUCCAGACGGAACGGUGUGGACUUGCGAAGGACACAUUUCUAGAAUUCACAAUACGGAGGAAAUAGCCUUAGAAUUAAGAACGUCUGGUACGGCUAGUGGACCAUGGGUAGAUAACAUAACCACGGGGUAUACAGUGGAGUUUGUUUGGAAAAGUACAGCAUACGAUCGAAUGCAGUUAGCGUUGAAUGAGUUUGCUCAGGACUCCUAUUCACUCAGUGGGUACUUGUAUCAUAAGUUGCUAGGCCAUGAAGUGUCGGAGGAGUCACUAAAUUAUUACAAAACGGCAUUGACCAAUCAGGUCCAUGGGAAGAGGACUCCACGCAUCGCAAAUUAUUCCGCCCCCAAUUUGGCUGCACUGAAUCACUCACAAAUUGAUGCUAUAAAGAAAAGCUUAGUUUCGCCGUUAUCCCUAAUUCAAGGACCACCAGGGACAGGGAAAACAUUAACCUGUGCUACGCUGGUGUAUCAUUUGUCCAAGACGAAAAUGGGGAAGGUGUUAGUCACCGCCCCGAGUAACGUUGCCGUAGAUCAGCUUUCUGUAAGGAUACACAAAACUGGACUAAAGGUAGUACGACUGUGUGCGAAAAGUAGAGAAUACGUACCCAGCAUUGCAGAUUAUUUGUACCUCCACAAUCAGAUGAAGUUACUAAAAUCGGAUAUUGGAGAGGAGCUGAACAAAUUACUUGAACUGAAGGAGGAAGUAGGAGAGUUGUCACAAAAGGAUGAAAGGAGGUUAAAAAAGUUAAUCUUUUUCGCAGAAUAUAAAAUAUUGGUAGAGGCAGAUGUGAUAUGUACUACCUGUGUUGGUGCCAUGGACAAACGGUUGAAACGUUUUCGAUUUAGCCAAGUGUUAGUAGAUGAAGCGACUCAGUCAACAGAACCAGAGUGUUUGGUACCCCUCGUAACGGGAGCUAAACAGAUUGUACUGGUUGGAGACCACUGCCAGUUGGGUCCAAUAAUAGUUUGUAAAAAGGCAGCCAAUGCGGGUUUGGGAAAGAGCCUAUUCGAACGGUUAGUUAUGUUGGGUAUCACACCAUUCAGGUUGGAAGUGCAGUACCGUAUGCACCCAGCAUUAAGUGAAUUCCCAUCGUACGUCUUCUAUGAUGGUUGUCUGCAGAACGGGAUCACCUUGAAGGAGAGGGAAUAUCCACUGAAGGAUUUUCCGUGGCCGAAUCCGAAGUGCCCUAUGUUCUUUUACAAUUCCACCGGGUUGGAAGAAAUGUCUGCCUCCGGGACGAGCUACUUAAACAGAGCAGAAGCGUCCAAUAUGGAGAAGCUAGUUAGAACGCUCAUAAAUUGUGGGUUGAAGCCAUCUCAAAUUGGGGUUAUAACACCGUAUGAGGGGCAGAGGGCGUAUAUAACUUCCCUUUUUCAGAAAAACAUUUCUUAUCAACAUUCAACGGAGAUUGAAGUGGCAUCAGUGGAUGCAUUUCAAGGAAGGGAAAAGGACUUCAUCCUUCUCUCUUGUGUUCGAUCGAACAAGAAAUUAGGAAUUGGUUUUUUAAAUGACCCAAGAAGGUUAAACGUAGCAUUGACGAGGGCCAAGUAUGGGUUGAUCAUAUGUGGUAAUGCCAAGGUGCUUUCGAGACAUCACGUAAUUGUAAGGAAGUCUCAUAACUCGAAUGAGACAAUCACGAAUGUGAACUCCGUGUGGAUUAACCUGCUAAGUCAGUUUAAGAAGAAGGACCUCAUCGUCGAGGGGUGCUUAUCCAAUUUGAAACCGAUGAACAUUCAUAUACCGACCCCGACGAAGCAGCCGUCCAGAUACAUCAACUUUAGUUACUUCUUGUCGAGUGAGAGGCCUUUCCGGGGGGGCGUAUUCUCAGAUAGUAGGAGCAGGAGCAGAAGUGGUGGUAGUGAUAAAAGCGAUAAAACUGGCAGAAGUGAAGGAAGCCACGCUGGCAGUGACGACUGUAGAACCCAAAGCAGCAGCUCCUUUUUACACAUGAAUAUGUCAAACCUCAGCUACUGCAGUGACGAGGUGAUGAACAAGGACUUCCUGAGCUACAUGCAUCAAAGGCAAAGUGGAGGAAGCAAGCAGAUCGUAAAACCUUACAUAGACAAUUUGAGUCAGGGAUCCCAAUUCAAUGACUUUUCUUCUGUUAAUGAAAAAUGCCAAAGUGACAACUUCUCGAAUUAUGAGACUGGAUCUUCCCUUUCGAUUAGCACGAACAAAUAUGCCAAGGAAAAUUUGAUGCGCUACAAUGGCGGCAGUUUGCGUGAGGAUAGGAAGAACCGUGUGGCCAGCAAUUUUGCGGAUUCCAAUUUUGGAGAAGACUACCAUGGCAGCAGCUUCGUGAGGAACUCUGAUAUGCUUCAUUACCCAUUUCACUACGGAAGUAAGAGGGACGCCUCCAGUCUGCACAACGGGCAGGGAUUACACGGAUCACACCGAUCGCAUAAUCCGCGAAGUAAUGCCGCCCACCACGGGUACAUUAAACAGAACCACCCGAAUACAGUAGAACAAAGGAAAUAUCGAUAUAGAAAUGUAUGA